AUGGGUCGCCCACCCAGUAAUGGAGGCCCAGCCUUUCGCUUCACUCCGGUUGAGGUAGGAGAAAUGGAAGCUAUUCUUCAAGAACAUGAGAAUGCAAUGCCAGCACGGGAAAUUCUUACAGCACUUGCAGAGAAGUUCAGUGAAUCACCAGAGCGUAAAGGCAAGAUUACAGUGCAAAUGAAACAAGUUUGGAAUUGGUUUCAAAAUAAGCGGUAUGCAAUAAGAGCAAAAUCAAGUAAGACUCCUGGAAAGUUAAAUAUUACACCUAUGCCUCGGGAUGAUGCAACCCCAAUAAGGACUAUGCCUCAACAACCAAUAGCUGCUCCAAUUCCUGCUACUUCUGCUACAGCAGGUAGAAUGGAUGCUUUUGAGUGCUUGGUUCCGCAAUGUCUUCUGCUGGCAAUAUCACCUAUCUCCUCUCCAUUUCAUGAUACACCCAAAGUUUCCCCAUCCAUUGGAGCUCUUGUUGUUGUGCAAGUUGUAGUUUCCAGAAUUUCGCCAGCAGUAAAAGCAACUCCAGAAAAUCCAGUUAUGGAAUUUGAAGCUAAAUCUGGAAGGGAUGGAGCAUGGUAUGAUGUUGCUACCUUUCUAUCACACAGAUAUUUGGAGACCAAUGAUCCGGAAGUGCUGGUACGAUUUGCUGGUUUUGGACCUGAGGAAGAUGAGUGGAUUAACAUUCGAAGGCAUGUUAGGCCGCGCUCUUUGCCAUGUGAAUCAUCAGAAUGUGUUGUAGUAAUUCCGGGUGAUCUCAUACUUUGUUUUCAGGAAGGUAAGGAGCAAGCCCUUUACUUUGAUGCCCAUGUACUUGAUGCUCAAAGACGGAGACAUGACGUAAGAGGCUGUCGUUGUAGAUUUUUGGUUCGCUAUGAUCAUGAUCAAUCAGAGGAAAUUGUGCCGCUUAGGAAGAUUUGUCGCAGGCCCGAAACUGAUUACCGGUUACAGCAACUUCAUGCCGUGAAUGAGGCAGCACCUGUAGAUCAGCAGAAGACUAGCGUUGAUCCAGCCGCAAAUGUUAAUGCCAUGAGGAGCACUACUGAGACAGUGCCAAAGCAGCUGAUUGCAGCUAACAUUCAUAUGGAGACAACAGUGGUGCAAACAAAUGUUCCUCAACUUCCACAAAGUAUGGAUAUGGAUGUGGAUCAAAAGAAAGCUGAAACAAAUACUGAUGUUCUAGCAGGAAACUCUACCAUCACCCCUGGCAAUACCCCAUUCACUAACAUCAUUACUACAAUCAGUGUUCCUCAAGUCACUAGUCAGACUCAGAACAUGGUUGAAUGA